UUACUCAUCACCUUUGUUUACUUUCCUUCCAAUAUUAUUCCACUCAAUCUCAUUCAUCAAAAAAAUCACUUUUCUUCUUUUCCAUUUUCUAUAUAACACCACUCAACACAAACUCAUAGAUUAAAAAAAGCACUUAAUUCAACAUGGCAGGUAACAAGAGAUCAAGCCAAACAAGUCCUGUAGGAAGUCCAACAUCCGGCAACAUCUCCGACAGUUCCUCCUCAAAAGAACAAGACAGGUUCCUCCCAAUCGCCAACGUGAGCCGCAUAAUGAAGAGAGCAUUACCAGCCAACGCUAAAAUCUCAAAAGAAGCGAAAGAAACCGUUCAAGAAUGUGUCUCUGAGUUCAUAAGCUUCAUAACCGGUGAAGCAUCCGAUAAGUGUCAACGCGAGAAGAGAAAAACUAUCAACGGUGAUGAUCUUCUUUGGGCUAUGACAACACUUGGUUUUGAAAACUAUGUUGGUCCUUUGAAGGUUUAUCUUAAUAAUUAUAGAGAAACCGAAGGAGAAAAGAGUAAUUUAUCAUCUUCUUCGUCUAUGGUUAGUACUAAACAAGAUGAUUAUUAUAAUCAUGAUCAUGGUUCUUCAAAUGGUGGAUUUUAUAAUUCUCAAGGUGUUAGUGAGAAUGGUUCUAAGAGGUUUCAAGAGAUUGUGGAUUAUAGAGUGAUUGGUCAAAGUGGUGUUGUUGGUGAUGAAACAGAAAAUGCAAUUGCUAGUGGUAAUGGAAUUUUGCCACCAAACCUACGUUAUAGGGUUGAAUGGUAGAUAGUAGUGUAACAAGUUUCUUUGAUUCCUUUCCCAUUAUUAUAUAUUUUUAUGUUAUCAAAUAAUAUUUUAUUGUAGUGACUUUGUUUGAUGAUUGGCUAGGUUGAUCUAGGGAUGGAUUAUUCA